AUGGCCCCCAGUCACCGCUACGACCUUGUUCAAGACGACGACGAUGAUAUCAAGGACGAGCGUCAGGACGAGCCUCUGGUGCCCAGGGCCCCACAGGAUAAAAUAACACCAGUCAACAUAGCAUGGUGGAAAAUUCUGCUCGGUCUCAUCCUCGCAUUUAGCGCCGGUGUCGGUGCCACCCUCGCAGUUGUGCUUGGUCCCUUGUCGGCCAAAUCCAGCGGCAAUGCAGCAGCCGCCAGUGUUGUUACUGCAUCAUCCAGUGCCUUACCCGCAGACCUGCCACUUCCUACUCCUAGUACAUCCGUCGAUUCUGCGGUGGAGGACAAAGUUGAAGAUCCUGACAGUCUGGACGGCAAGAUUCUCGACUGUGGAUAUAGCCCCGAGGAAGCGCGUGCCAAGGGCUGUGUCUACGACGUUAUGAUGCAGGACUGGGUGCCCGAACCAUGCUACGACAGCAUCUUGACAGAGCGAUACCUCGCCCAGGGGAACUGGACGUGGUACGCCGACGGCGACGGCAAGAUCAUCAUAUCCGACGAGGAGAUGCGCAAGGGCGAACACGGCGACGCAUGGAUGUCCUCUAGCUACCACAAAGCCCACUGCAUCUUCUCCUGGGACAAAACCGUGCGUGCGCUGCGCAACAAUGCACCGAUCAGCCAGGAACUGCUCUCUUACGACCACGUCCUGCACUGCAGUCACCAGACCCUCAAUGGCGCCGAGGUGGACGAGAGCAUCGGCGUACGAGCGCCUACUAACUAUGCCAAAUGCGCAUUAUAUGACACCUGGAGAAAUAACUGGAUCCCAGACAGACAUUCUUCGACUCACGAAUAA